AUGGACCGUCAAGAGUAUCCUGCUAUACUGGAUCGACUACCACCGGGAGCAGCAGCAACGAAACUUAUAGAUCGUGUGAAGAGGAUCAAUAAAGUGAAUACGGAAAUUGCGGAUUGGUUGCAGGAGCGUCGGAAAGUAGAAGAACAAUAUGCCACCAGCCUUAAAAGGCUUGCGCGCAAGCCUUUGCAGGAGACUGGGGGGGAUUUGGGGAUAUUUGGUACGCCAUGGAGGAAAAUCGUGAAUUCCGUCGAAUCGAUCGCGGACUCUCACCAUAAUCUAUCCGAACGAAUCUUGAAGGAUGUUGAGCAACCUCUGCGACAAUUUGCUACUCAAAAUCGAGAAAUGCAGGGAAUGACAACAAUACAAGGGAAUCUUACGGCGAUGGCUAGGGAACUCGAAGAUGCACGACAUGCAUCCGAGAAACUAAGUAAGAAAGGGGGGAAAGUAAACUCACAGAAAGUCGAGAUUGCGGCAACUAAAUUACAGACUGCUGAACAACAAUGGCAAGCCCAAGCCCCCUACGUGUAUGAAACCCUCCAGGCGAUAGACGAAAGAAGAUUGAACCAUCUACGAGAUGUCCUCACGCAAUUCGAAACUCACGAAGCCGAUAGAAUUGAGAGAAGUCGAGUAGCCGUUGAGCAGACCCUAACAGCAUUAUUGGAGGUAGACACGGCUCAGGAAAUUAGGAAUUGGUCGGAAGCAACCACCGCGGGAAGACCCGUUUUGGAGCGAACCGUUAGACAAUUGUCUAGCGCUGGUACCGGCGGUACUGGCGGUACUACAUUACCAUUACCCCCGCCUACCCCGCGGUCAACACACUCAGCUGCUGCCAGUGAUGUAUCCAAGCAAGAAGGUUCUGGUGAAUCGAAGUUAAAAAGCCGCAUUGGCACGAUGCUUCAACGUCGACGCCAAAGCAUUCAUGGAGGAUUUGCUCGUGCCCCAUCGCCUAAUAGGGGAUUCUCGAGUUUGAAUCGCAAUUCCAAUAGCAGUUCGGGACAACCAAACCUGUCACCCCACACUUCAUCAAACAACUUACGAGAGUCUCCUUCACAAGACAACCGACUUUCUGCUCUCCCUGAAUCACCAUCCAAUCGAGAUACUUUGCAACCUAAUGGCAAUUCUAAUGGCAUAGGCCAAGAAUCAUUGAACGUAUCGGAUAUGGUCCGACCAGCUACCUCUAAUGGUGUAUCAAGCCUGGGAAUGAUAGAUCUAUCGGAAGUUGAACCACCGCCAGGUCCACCCCCAUCGCAUUUCCAAGAAACACAGAAAGAUUCUGAAGGUUUCUCGGUACCGGCAGCCAUGAAUGAUCCUAUAUCGCAAGCUCUACAAGAAGCUAACGAGCACAACGAACCUCAAUUUAAGCUAGACAUUCGAGACCAACCCAUUCCUGAGCAAGAUGCAGAUGCACAAGCUGCAUUGUCAAAUGUUGCCAAUACUUUGCGUUCGUCUCAAUUGACCACCCCAGGUCGAAAAAUAGGUACCGUCCGAGGCCGAAGAGAUGUUCGGAACACAGUCUAUGUCCCUUCGCCAAAUCUCGAGGUGGGUAGCAUAGAAAACAAUCUGCCUCCUUCGCCGGCCUUUACCCCAGGGGCGGCACGUGCGGCAGCCUUUGCAGCUAUUUCAGAACAUGGCCAUGGUGCACCAAGUAUAUCUGAUACUAAUUCAAUUCGUUCCGGGCAUUCUCUUUCAAAUAAUGCUGUGGUCAAGCAUGCUGACAUGCACCGCCUUGGCCUCAAUGCGUCGAUUAUAGAGACUGUUAGCGCCACUAUAGAGAAUGGGGUUGCCAGAACAAUCAAAGUUGGCGGGGAGAUUGCUUUGAUCUACAUAUCCUCGCCGAAUGGCACUUCGUUACCAGCUUCCGGAACCGAGACCAUCCGCAUCAAUAACUUCCCAGCUCUAGAAGCUAUCGGUCCCAAUAGAACAUUCAUUCACCCAGUCUCAACAGAGAAGCCGGAUGAAUUUACUGUAGACCUUGCGUCAGUAUCGCAUAAAACCUCGGCAGCAUUCACGUACCGAGUGCAUGUCGAUGAUCAGAAUAUGGCUGCACAUUCACCGUUACUUUUGAAACCAGCGUGGAAACCUGUUGGUGAUAAUCUUGGUCUUAUCGUCGAGUAUGCACUCAAUCCAGCUUACUCAUCCGAUGCCAUAACCUUCAACAACCUCGUCAUUAUAGGUAAAUAUGCAGGCGCCAAAGCUACUGGCUGCAAAUCUAAACCUCCUGGUACUCAUUACCGUGACAAGUCCGUUUUCGUUUGGCGUCUUGGAGACGUUACUCUCAGCCACGGAUGGCAUAAAGCGAGCGUCUUGUUCUUCGGAUCCGAGGGUGCAGUUCUACAUCCAGAUCAUGCGGAAGCCAGAUGGGAAGUUCACAGUCCAGUUCUUGGCAGUGGUAUUAGUGUUUCGAGACUAGAGGCAGCCAAAGGUGCAGAGGAAUCAGACCCGUUUGCAGAUGAAUCGUUGGCUCCAACGGCAGGUAACUGGGUGGAUGUUGAGAUGAGUAGGAAGAUAGCCACUGGGAUGUAUGAGGCAAGAUAA